CUUUCCGCAGUUCCGCAUUAAUUAAUUCGUACUGGCUGGGAGAUACCUUUCUCCUGGGCGGAUACAUACUAUACGGACACCGUGGGUCCUGGCCGUAGUAAUGGAGGUACGGCGGAGCUGCUCCUUUUGACCUAGAUCUGAGGGGUGCCGACAAUGAAUCGGAUCUGAUUCGUCUUCAACGCCGUGCGACUAUCCCUUCCUCCUAGCGGCGGCUUGGACUCGCGUGGGAGUACCUUCCAUUCGUUUCGAAGUGGUAAAGCUCAGUAGCUCAGUACAUAUGGAUUUUGGGGGAUGGAAGCAGUAAGAAAUCCUUCAACUCAAUGGACUCAAUCGGCAAUGAUGUUUCUUUCAUGGAUCUGCUCAGUAUGGUUGCUGCCAAUGCCGCGAACAGCGAUGUCAAGUUAGUGUUUUCUGGCAGUUCACUGCAUAUUUCCUUACUACAAUCAUGAGAUCUUAAAAUGGGUUCAUCACGCCGUCCAAUUACAUGAAGACCUGGUGAUUGGAACUGAAGAACAAGUCUUGGCAAAACAGCAAAUCACCCACAAUAAUAAACGGAGCUCAGCUAGCAUGGAUGGUGGGAUUUCGAAUGGUAAUACGGACUGUCGCAUGGAAUCUGUGGUGCAUCCAGUUCCCGUACUUUCUGAAAGGAUCAGUCUGUUCGGAUCGGGUCUGCCUGACGAAUCUAUAGGAACCAGUUUAUUCGUUGAUAGUUCGCUUAAAUGCGGGUCUAGUUUUUGCUCUGAUGGUAUUUCAAAAGCUUCUGCAUCAAGAAGUUUUUCCAAUUUCCUUUUGGAGAAUGUGUUGCAAUGGAUGUGACAUCUGAAGUCAGGGAAUACCACGGUGGUACAAUAGAAGAGUCCAUGAGGAAAUAUUGUGAGGACAAGAAAAGGGUGAUGUUCGAACCUGAGAUUGGAAUGGAGUUCUCUUCGACAGAAGAAGCAUUCCAGUACUAUAACAUGUACUCAUGGGUGACUGGCUUCAGCAUUAGAUUAGGCGAUAACUACACAACGAAGACUAAGCAGAGGACAAUGCAGGAAUACCUUUGCCGGCGACAGGGCAAUGGGGACGAGACAAAACAUUCAACAACCAGAUGCGGAUGCAAAGCUAUGAUGAGGGUCUCAACAAACGGAAGUUGCAAGUGGUAUGUUAAAAAAGUUAAUUGCCGAACACAACCAUGAUAUGGUCGAGAGCUGCGGAGAAAAGAAACAUUUGGCUUCACAUAGACAGAUAGACAAGCACACAAAGGACAUGAUCAGGCAUCUAAGAGAGAAUAAUGUUAGCCUCACAAGAGUUAAUUUAGUUAUGGGUAGCUUGUUUGGCUCAAUGGACAAUGUACCAUUCAGCAAGAUGACACUUCGAACGGUUUGUUCGAACAUAGCAAAAGAAGCUCUAGUUGAUGAUGUGCAGAAAACUUUGCAGUCAUUUAGGGAAAAAAUAUCUAGAGAUCCUAGGUUUGUGUUCACAGCCCAACUCGAUGAGGACAACAGACUUAAUUCACUGAUGUGGACAAGUGGAAGGAGCAGGUCAUUAUACAAGCAUUUCGGAGAUGUGAUAACUUUUGACACGACUUACGAGACUAAUAUAUAUAAGAUGCCAUUUGGCAUGUUUGUGGGUGUAAACAAUCACUUCCAGAGUGUCAUAUUCGCGGGGGUUUUGUUGACUAACGAGGCGGCAGAAAAUUUCAAAUGGGCAUUUGAAGAAUUCGUAGCAAUGAUGGGUGGGAAGGCACCACAGACAAUUCUUACAGGAUCUUUACAUGCAGAUCAGAGCUUGGCCAUGACAAUCUCAAUAAAGGAAAAUCUGCUGAGCACUAAUCACAGGUGGUGCAAGUGGCACAUAUUAAGGAAGGCACAAGAGGCAUUAGGACAUGUUCACAAGCUACACAGCACAUUUAGUGAUGAGGUUGUUAACCACAUGUUAACUCCUGAAGAGUUCAAAAAUGGCUGGGAAUACUUAACCAGGAAGUAUGACCUAGCUGGUAACCCUUUCAUGACAAGAGCUUUUGAAGUUAGGGACAAGUGGGCGAAACCAUAUUUCAAUGACAUUUUCUGCCCUAGAAUGUCUAGUACUCAGAGAAGUGAGAGCGCAAACCAUGUCCUCAAAGUACAUGUUCCAUGCAAGUCCACGAACAGUGAAAUGCAGACAUGCGGACAGUGUUCUUGGGAUACUCGUUGUCAAGGGUAGGAGACGUGUGACAAAAUUUGGUUCUACUGUGUGGCCAGAAUAGAAACAUGUCUCCAUGUCUCGACAGUGUGGUUGACAUGCACUCUCCGAAAUUGUGAAGUGCAGCAAAAA